CAUACAGCAAUGGAUGCUAAGGUUGAAGCAAAGGAAAGAAAGAAAAGAAGUUGGAGUGAGAUGGAAUGUGCAGAAGUUGAUUUAGAACUGAGACUAUCAGUAGCAGGGUCAACAAGUUCUGAUAAUUUGCUAAAUGCCAUAGAAUCUGCUACUUCGGGAACUCCAUUGUCAUUAUCGUAUCAGAGAGCAUGUUUAGCUUCAAAAAUGGCAAUUGAUAAGAAUCUUGACGAUACUCCAAAAGAUGAACGACCACCAUUAAUUGCAAUGGGAUGUGCUAUUUGUUUGGUUUAUGUGAUGGUAUCCAAAGCUCACCCUAAAUGUCCAAUCUGCACAAAUUCUGAUCUUAUUAACAACUUUCAAACAAAACCUACAAAGAAAAAAAGGACAACCUGGUAUUAA